AAUCAAACGAAUGUCUUCUCUGUCUCUUGAACCUCAUCCUGCGGAGUGUUUUCGGAGUAAAUUUGAACAACUCACUCAGUACGUGUGUGAUGUCGUACCGCCUUUCAUGGGCUCGCACGCACUUUAAAAAAUAAUCCUCCGAUGUUGCAAAACGUGGAACUGUCGUCUGCUUGUACUGUGCCAGCGGCCGCGACGCGCGCGCGUGACGUGACGUAAACACAAUUUCCAACCAAUCACGACCGUCCUGGCAUUUCCACUCUCACUGCAGCCAACCGAAUGACGCUGAACUUUCCAAGGGGCGGAGCUGGUAUGCUGAUCGCAAGCUUUAAUCACCUGUUGCGUGUAGCUUUCAACCGAUAGUAUACAUGUACAAGGGUGUUAUUUUUUUUAAAGCCAGUGUUUUUUUGCCACCACGGUCCCGAACAUAAAUACAAUAACUGAUAGGAUACUUUGUCAAAACCGGUGGAGAGUUUGCAAAAAAAGGAGAACAACACGGCAAUUUGAAGAGGACUCUAGCGACGAAAGGCACUCCAAAUUGUUUCGAGGGAACAUUGGAUUUCUUUGGCGAAGUUCUUUGGCGCUGAACUCCGGCAAAAAAAGAUGUCUGCUGUCCCCGUACCUCUACCUGUAUCAAGGUAUCCAGUAUGGCAGCCUACAGUCUCAGUAACCGCAACUGGAGCCUAUAACUUCCCCGCUCCGGGCAGUGGGGCUCCUGGUUUAACCCUCCCAGUACCCUCCCGGUCCCUGUUCCCCUUCCCCGGCCCCUCCCCCAUACCCCUACCCCACUUACACCCAGCUGUGGUACCCCAGUGUCUCAAGGUGCCUAUUCCUGUACACCAGCUCCAUCACCCGUUUCAUCCUCACCACCCUUACUCUCAGCUUCACACCGAGCGUGACCUGGCUACCACGACCCCCACCACCACCACCACUUUGACCCUGAGCGCGAAAGACCGAGCACCGACGGCCAUUUUCACCGCGUCGACCGCGCCAGGCCUACCGCACAACGCGCUGCCACUCCCGCCCGAGAUACGCCGCCCGCUGCCCUUGGUCUACAACUUCACCGCGGCCGAUUUGGACAGCGUGUUGUACGGCUACGUCGGGCCCUCAAAGGAACCGCCGUGCGGACUGAGGUGCGCUCUAUCCGGCCUGCGAAUUCACGAAAUAGAUAGAGGAAGCAGAACACCGUUUUGCUCUCUGGCGCCCUCUUGCGACGAGGAGGCAAAAAGUAACGAAGGAGAAACUUCCCCCGAGAGGGCGCGCUCUGCCGCAGACCGUGAAAAACCUCCCAGCCGUUCGGCGCUCGACAUAAGGACAGUUAAUCUGCCUGAAGGUAUAUCGAUCACCCAGACGACAGUAGGCGGGUCCCCUCAUUACAGCGUGUUCUGCCACACCCACGUGAUCGCCAAGGGGGCGCGCUUCGGCCCCUUCACGGGGAGGAUUAUCCACCCGAGUGAGAUCAAGAGUAAUGAUGACACCAACUUCAUGUGGGAGAUUUUUCACGAGGGGAAACUCAGCCAUUUUGUGGACGGCCGCAACGGGGCCAGCAAUUGGCUGUGCUUCGUGAACUGCGCCCGCCACGCCAAGGAACAGAACCUCGUCGCCACGCAGAGCGGAGACUUCAUCUAUUACGAGGCCUGCAAGGACAUACCCAGGGGUACGGAGUUACUAGUCUGGUAUGGGGACAGCUACCGGCAAUUCAUGGGGAUACCCGUCUCCAUGAGAGGCAUAACGGGCAGCAAAGCGCAGACAGAGAGCGAGGAUUUACAGAACAAAGAAGGCUACAAGUGCGAUCGUUGUGGCAAGGUCUUCUCCUACAAGGACUAUCGGGACAAGCAUCUCAAGUACACACGAUGCGUGGACAAGGGAGACCGCAAGUUCCCCUGCCACCUGUGCACGAGGUCCUUCGAGAAACGGGAUCGACUCCGGAUACAUAUCCUGCACGUGCACCAGAAACACCGCCCUCACAAGUGCACUGUGUGCGGCAAGAGCUUCUCACAGUCCUCGAGUUUGAACAAGCACAUCCGUGUCCACAGCGGUGAGCGACCGUACAAGUGCGUCUACUGCAGUAAGGCUUUCACCGCGUCUAGCAUCCUGCGCACGCACAUACGCCAACACUCUGGAGAAAAGCCAUUUAAGUGCAAGCACUGCGGAAAAGCCUUCGCGUCACACGCUGCGCAUGACAGCCACGUGCGUCGGACGCACACAAAGGACAAGCCCUGCGCAUGCCCAGUUUGCGGCAAGACAUUCAGUCAAAGCUACGAGCUGAAAUUUCACAUGAAUAUCCACCCAGAUGACAAGCCCUACGAUUGCAAAGAAUGUGGGCGUGGUUUCGCCAGUGCUGCGGCACGUGACCACCACCAGUCCAUGCUUGAGUGUGGUAGACACACCCCUUCGAGAUUCAUUGCGGCCAAUGACGUCACCGACGCCAUCUUGAAAUAGCUACGCCAGCCUCUCAAAACAAAGGUGUUUGGGUUUUGUCUGCGACAAUUCUCCUGACAUUGCUAGAAAAACACAAGACACGUUAGUGUGUAAACACAGCGUACGAAAAGUGAACGCUCUCUGUUAAUGUUGGAGAGAAAGCUCUACAAAGUUAUGUUUUCAUCUUGAGUAAAUCACCGUGUGCAGCUGCAAAUUAAGCUUUGUGAAAAGCAAACGACUUUUGUUUAUAGUCACGACACAUCUGACUCAAAAUGACCACUGGAUGUUUGUGAUCUGUGAAGGCAAGAUUCUGGGAAGAAAUCGCUGUCAAGCAUGCUAACAAACGGAGUGGAUCAAUAAAAGUAUGGGAGCACGCACAGCUUUAAAAUGUAUAUUAUAGUAACAAGAUGUUUUUAUAUGCUGGUGUGCUGGUAUCAAAUCUUACCUAUGCUCGUAUAUGUUUAAUAGUGAGGCAGAUAGGGGAAAUAUUUGGGGGAAUUGUGCCUUUGAUGAUACGAGCAUGGCAUUUGGCACACAGUCAGAGUAUGUCAUGAGAAAGAUAUUUGACUAUAUUAUAGUGCCAUCACAGAUCCUUUGAAAAAAUAUAGGUAGGAUAACAAGCAAUUUUCAGAAUUUAUAAAAUGGCUGCCAUUGCUUGUUAUACCAGGUUUUUUUCAAAGGACAAAUCUGCGAUGGCCCUAUAGCCAAAUAUCUUUCUCAUGGCAUACUCUGUGUGCAAAAUUCCAUGCUUGUAUCAUCAAAGGCACAAUCCCAUCACCUAUCUGCCGCACUGUAAGAGAAAGACAGCAUCGCAUACAGGGUGAGUAAAAAAACCCACCGAAACCCAAAUGUUGGGACCAUUGUUUCAGUGAAGUUCAUAGGCUUUCUUUUAGUACAAGAAUCAUUCAAAUCACUCAUA